GCGUGUGAAGCUGCGGCUGCAGGAGUAUUGUGAUCACUGAGUCAGGCAUGGACAGGGAGGCAAAGAAUGGAGGCACAGGCAGAGAGAUGCAGGCUGAGCCCAUGCUGGAUUCACUGGACAUGGCAGAGGAACCAGUGGCAGCUGCUCAGAGCAGAAAGAAGAAGAAAUCCAGCAAGUGGAAAGUUCUCUCCCUGGUAAUCUGUGUGUGCAUAUUAACCGCUAUCCUAGGGUGCAUAUUUGGACUUAAGCCAAGCUGCUCUAGAGAAGUGAAUAGCUGCAAAAAUCGCUGCUUUGAGCGUAAGUUUGGGAGCUGCCGCUGCGAUGCUGCCUGUGUUGGACUUGGAAACUGCUGUCUAGAUUAUGAGGAUUUAUGUAUUAAACCAGCUCACCUUUGGACAUGUGACAAAUUAAGAUGUGGCGAGAAAAGACUUCCCAGCAGUCUGUGCUCCUGUUCUGAUGACUGCAAGGACUCAAACGAUUGCUGUGUUAAUUAUGAUGCCGUUUGCAGAGGAAACAAGAGUUGGGUAGAAGAGAAAUGUGAGGAUAUCCAAACACCACUCUGCCCAGCUGGGUUCUCUAAGCCUCCAGUCAUCUUAUUUUCAUUGGAUGGGUUUAGAGCAGAGUACUUACAAACAUGGGGUGGCCUUCUUCCAGUUAUCAGUAAGUUAAAGCAAUGUGGAACAUAUACGCGUUCUUUACGGCCGGUAUAUCCAUCAAAAACCUUUCCCAACCAUUAUAGUAUUGCAACAGGUCUCUACCCAGAAUCACAUGGGGUUGUGGACAACAAAAUGUAUGAUCCUCACCGGAAUGCCUUUUUCACAUUAAGAAGCGCAGAGAAGUUUCAUCCCUCGUGGUACCAAGGAGAACCUGUAUGGAUAACUGCCAUGAACCAAGGGUUAAAGACUGCCACUUUCUUCUGGCCUGGAUCGGAUACAAAGAUUAAAGGAUCAUAUCCAAAUAUUUAUAAAGAGUACAAUGGAUCAGUACCCUUUGAAACUAGAGUCAUGUCUAUUCUAAAAUGGUUGCAGCUACCUGAAGAAAUUAGACCACACUUUUACACUCUGUAUUUAGAAGAACCAGAUUCAUCAGGACACUGGCAUGGUCCAGUCAGCUCUGCAGUGAUAAAAGCCCUCACAGAUGUAGACCGAAUUGUAGGAAUGUUGAUGGAUGGACUUAAACAAAUGAAUUUAGACAAAUGUGUUAAUCUCUUGCUUCUGUCUGACCAUGGCAUGGAGGAAUCGCGUUGUGAAAAUAUUGCUUAUCUAACAUCUUACAUAAACUCCUCUAAUGAUUUCAUUGUGGUAAAUGGACCAGCAGCACGUCUGAGACCUGUGCAAUUACCAGAUGCGUAUUUUUCUUUUGACUAUGCAGAGCUUGCAAAGAACCUAUCAUGUAGAAAACGUGAUCAGCACUUCAAGCCAUUUCUGAAACAAUACUUACCAAAACGCUUACACUUUGCCAACAAUGAUAGAAUUGAGUCGCUUCACUUUUACUGUGAUCCAAAAUGGCAAGUUGCAAAGUCACCGGACGAGGUAAAAGUAUGCAAAGGUGGUUUUCAUGGUUCUGAUAACCUGUUCAAGAGUAUGCAGGCUCUGUUUAUUGGAUAUGGGUCUAAGAUAAAGCAUGGCAUAGAAGUGCCGCCAUUUGAGAAUAUAGAAAUCUAUAAUUUGUUGUGUGACUUGUUAGACAUUGAACCUGCACCCAAUAAUGGAACCCAUGGAAGUCUUAACCAUUUACUUAAGCAGACAGUUUAUGAGCCCUCCUUGCCAAAAGAGCUGUCUGAGCCUUUCCAAUGCUCUGUUAUCCAUGGAGCCAAGGUGAACAGCUUUGGUUGUUCUUGUGACUCACUGACAGAAGCUGGAUAUAAAAAUCAAUUAACACUCACACCUCAACAAGAAUCUGACACUAAAAAGUUUAAUCUGCCAUAUGGACGGCCACUGGUUUUGCAAAAUAGCAGCUAUUGUAUCUUGUACCAUAAUAAAUAUGUGAGUGGUUUCAGUUACAAUAUAAAGAUGCCAUUGUGGAGUUCAUACACACUACAUAAAAAUGAACUUGUGCCAGCCUCUGUGGAAAAUGAUUCAUGUAUAUUUGUGGAUGUGCGAAUCCCACAAGGACAAAGUCAAAGUUGUCAAUAUUACCGUGACCAUCAAUCUCUAAAAUUUGGAUUUCUUUUCCCUCCAAGCCUCAAAAGAUCUUCUAAAGAUGAUGGUUAUUCAGGACUUACAACCAGCAACAUGAUUCCAAUGUAUCCUGCAUUUCAAGGGGUAUGGAAAUAUUUUCAUGAAAUUCUAUUGGCAAAAUAUACAAAACAGAAGAAUGGCAUUAAUGUCAUCAGUGGUCCAGUAUUUGAUUAUAAUUUUGAUGGGCGAUAUGACACUGUGGAGCAAAUUAAACAGAUGGUACAGGAUUCAGGUGUCUACCUCCCAACUCACUACUUUAUAAUUUUGAUAAGCUGCAAGAAUUCUUCCGAGACUCCUGAGCAAUGUUCUAGCCCUAUGGAGGUCAUAUCUUUCAUUGUACCACACAGAGAAGACUACAGUGAAAGCUGUGCUGAGUAUAAAGAAUUCACAUGGAUUGAAGAACUUUUCCAGUUGCAUGUAGCCCGUGUGAAGGACAUUGAACUUCUUACUGCUCUCAGUUUCUUUCAUAACACAAAUUUCUCUGUUUCUGAAAUUUUACAGCUCAAAACAUUUCUUCGUAUUUAUUUAUGAGCAUUUUAAGCCCAAGUAGUAUAUUUUGUAUUAUAAAAUUCAAGUACCUAUAUCCCCAAACCACCUCUCGUUUAUAGAUUAUCACUGAAUACAUUGGGGGUCAUUUAACAAGGACCAGCUUAGAUACCCUCUUUACUGCUGAAGGAUGCGCCAAAUUUAUGACGAGGUACAGGCCUCGUCAUUAAUCAGGUGUAUCCUCCGCAAGUCCAUAGGCCUAGAUUAAAAUCCAGCCCAUGACUGGAGUAGAUUUCAAUUGUCAUAUAUGCCUGAUGUAAACGUUAGUGAAUUCGGACCCCCACCCACCACUCCCUCACACUGCCCCCAUCACUUCUCAGUGUUUAGGGCAGUGUAAAAACGCAAUGUAUCCCUAUUUUUAGGCACACAGGCAUUCAAGGAGUCGCAUAAGAGGGGCAUUUUAUAUAUAUUUUUUUAGAUAUCAAAAUUUGGCCUAAACAGUCAUGAUAAAUGACCCCCAUUAGGUCACCAACUGAUUAUUCAUCUUCUAAUUGCUGUCAACCAUUCUACAUUAAAGUGAUGCCAUCAGUUAUACAUGUGGGCAUGCAAUAGGAUAUUGUAGUCCAGGAAGCUAUAGAGCAGUGGGUUGUAUAGACUCGUAAGCCAAAACUUUCUUACAUGGUUAAUGCCAUGAUGGCACCUUUUAGGGUGCCUUCACAUGCGGCAGAUUUUGUGGCAGAAAAUUCUGUAAAAGAAAAUCUGUUUCUUUCAUUUUGAAUGGGGCAGCAAGCAUAUGGAUAUGUGCAAGCCCCAUUCAGGUGAAUGGAACUGAUUUUCAGUCACAGAAUUUUCUGCCACAAAAUCUGCCACGUGUGAAGGCACCCUUAGACAUGUCAUUCCACUGAAAAUAAUGGGAAUUAGUGGAAAGGCAUUGAAAAUGAGAAUUGGUAUACAGAGGUGCCGUAGGGUGCCCCAGAGGUCUGUAUGCUGUAUUGUGGCUCUGUACAACUAAGAGACUGUAUCAGUGCUAAGACAGAUAUACAUGUAUUUCUUUGUAUAUAGAAAAUUCUUAAUCGGAUUCUGAAAUAAUUUGUUUCAUUUCCUGUUUGCCCGAUAGGAAUCACAAAUUCUGAUGAUGAGACUAUCCCCUUAAUAAAUAAAUGACAAAACUCCUUAAAGUCAGAUAUAUGAACCAAGUAUUUCCUCUUUGAUAGUGCUAGGAACUUUCUAAUUUAGCCUUCUGGGUAUGCUCACAAGGGUUAGAGGUGAGGUAAUGCAUAACCUCCCUACUACGCCAAACAAAACUUGUGGGAAAUAGAUGAUAAUGUAUACAAGUUGUAUGGAAUUUUACUAUAAAGGAACAAUUUUAUGAUAAAAACAACUUCCCUUGAAAAUAAAACAUCUGCUCGUUGCGAUCUAUUGGUGUAGUGGAAAAACCUGGGGAAGUAUUUAAUGUUUUGUUUUUUGUGGUCACUUCAAAUUCCAUUUGAUAUUUAUUUUAGACUUUCACUGCCUUAUGUAAAAUAGCAUUUUCUGUCCCCAUCUUAUCCAUAAAUGUGUUUUGUAUGUA